UACGUUUACCUUGGUCUGGUCUCUAUAGCUAUAUACUAUAGUAGUAUAGCAGCUUCCUGCAAUAAGACAAGAAGUGGAGACAGGUCAACGGGACUCUAAGUCAAGAGAAUGUCAAGAGUGGAGUUUGUUUUCUUAGCUUUAAAAAUCCUCGGGCAGAUGAGAGAAAACUCAAAGAGAAACCAAUAUAGAGAGACUGAAAGAAAGUGAGUGAAAGAAAGAAGGAGAAGAUGAAGUUGCAAGAGGGUCUGAUCUUGGUGGCUAUUUUCUACCUUGCUUAUACGCAGCUGGUCAUGGGGCAACCUCAACCACGCCAGGAUUGCCAAACUAGAUGUGGAAACGUCGCAGUUGAGUACCCUUUUGGCAUUUCUCCAGGUUGUUACUAUGCCGAAGAUCCUAAUUUUGAACUCACCUGUAACGAGACAACGAAGCAGCUCCUCAGUGGUAGUAUUCCGGUCAUCAACAUUUCUCACAGCGGGGAGCUACGCAUCAUGAAGGCUGCAUCCUACUCUUGCUACAACGGCACAAAUUUAACUGAUCAGGAUGUUUAUACCACUCAGAUAUAUAGUUUAACUCUGUCCAACAAGAACAGGUUUACUGCAGUUGGCUGUAACACGUACGCGGUUAUGACCACAAUCAAAGAUCGUAAUUACUCAACUGGAUGCUUGUCGUUAUGCGAUUCUCCCCCGGUGGAAAAUGGACAGUGUUUAGGUGAAGGCUGCUGCUUCACCUCCGUCCCUCGGGGGAGCAAUCAUUUCAUGAUCACAUCACGUCGCUUUGACAAUGAGGCAUCUUUUAGUAACUUUAAUCCUUGCUUCUAUGCCUUUCUUGUCGAAGAUGGUAUGUUUAACUUCUCUGCUACGGAAGAUCUUAGGAAUCUGCGGAAUGUCAAGAAGUUCCCUGUGGUACUGGAUUGGUCUAUUGGAAACCAGACAUGUGCGCAAGCUGGAAACACAAGAAUAUGCGGUGGGAACAGCACAUGUUCUGAUUCUACUACUAGAAGCGGGUAUAUCUGCACAUGUAACCAAGGUUUUGAUGGGAAUCCAUACCUUUCAAACGGCUGCCAAGACAUCAAUGAGUGUACUACUAGUAGUUCGACUCAUAGACAUAACUGUUCGGCUACCAGCACCUGUGAAAACACGCUUGGAAGCUUCGAUUGUAAGUGCCCAUCUGGUUAUGACUUAAAUACCACCACUAUGAGCUGCGCACUUCAUAUCACACCUAAAGAAGAGCCUCAGUACUUAGGAUGGACUACAGUUCUUCUUGGAACAACCAUCAGCUUCUUGAUCAUCCUGCUUACCGCUAGCUUUAUUCAGCAGAAAAUGAAGCGCCGGAAACAAACUGAGCUCCGACAAAAAUUCUUCGAGCAAAAUGGUGGAGGCAUGUUAAUACAGAGACUCUCAGGAGCAGGGUCAACAAAUGUACAUGUCCAAAUUUUUACGGAGAAAGGGAUGAAGGAAGCAACCAAUGGCUAUGAAGAGAGCAGAAUACUGGGACAGGGAGGCCAAGGAACAGUCUACAAAGGGAUAUUGCCAGACAACUCCAUAGUUGCUAUAAAGAAAGCUCGACUUGGAGAUAGUAGCCAAGUUGAGCAGUUCAUCAACGAAAUGCUCGUGCUUUCUCAAAUUAAUCACAGGAACGUGGUCAAACUAUUAGGCUGCUGCCUAGAGACUGAAAUACCCUUGUUGGUCUAUGAGUUCAUUAACAGUGGCACCCUUUACGAUCACUUGCACGGUGCCAUCUACGAUUCUUCCCUAACAUGGGAACACCGUCUAAGGAUAGCAAUAGAAGUCGCUGGAACUCUCUCAUAUUUACACUCCUCAGCUUCUAUUCCCAUAAUCCACCGCGAUGUCAAGACUGCUAAUAUUCUCUUGGAUGAAGACUUAACUGCAAAAGUAGCUGACUUUGGUGCAUCAAGGCUGAUACCGAUGGAUAAAGAGCAGCUCACAACAAUGGUGCAAGGCACUCUUGGGUAUUUAGACCCAGAAUACUACAACACAGGGCUUCUGAACGAGAAGAGCGAUGUUUAUAGCUUUGGGGUAGUCCUCAUGGAACUAAUCUCAGGUGAAAAGGCAUUGUGCUUUGAACGGCCACAGACAUCAAAACAUCUGGUGAGUUACUUUGGUUCUGCCAUAAAAGAGAACAGGUUGCAUGAGAUUGUUAAUGGGCAAGUGAUAAACGAGGACAAUCAGUGUGAGAUCCGGGAAGCUGCAAGAAUUGCUAUUGAGUGUACAAGAAUUAUGGGAGAGGAAAGGCCAAAGAUGAAAGAAGUAGCUGCAGAGCUAGAGGCCUUGAGAGUCAAAGCAACAAAGCAUAAGUGGACGGAUCAGUAUCCUGAGGAGAAUGAACACUUGCUCGGCGUUCAAACCUUAUCAUCACAAGGCGAUACUAGUAGUAGUACUGGCUAUGACAGCAUUAAGAAUGUACCAAUAUUGGACAUUGAAGCUGGCCGCUGAUGUUAAUGCUUUCACACAAAAUCACAUAUGUAUUUCUUUUGUUUGUAAAAAAAAGAAUCCUACGUCUUUGUUGCUUCAUCAA